AUGAUCCUCCGGUUCGUUAGCAAAGAGGGCCAGUUCCGGCUCAAUGUCGAGCCCACGACGACGUUCACGGAUAUCAUUCCCCAGGUAGCGGAGAAACUGCCCAGGAAUAUCGAUCUCAGUAGCCUCACCGUCAGCAACAGACCGCACGGAGGUGACUCAAGAAAGUUGACGUCCCUGAAAGGCAUCACGUUCAAACAGGUCGGCCUGUCGCACGGUGCACAGCUUUUCCUCGACUUCCAGGAGCAGUCCUCGAUAUCGAAUGGCCACUCCGAAGCUCCUACAGGCGCUGUCCGCCUGAACGGUCGCGCUGUCUCACCAUCGGAAAUUCCUACCGUCCCUCUAGGCUCGCCCACACUGUUGAUAAAGAAUCCUUGGGAAGUGAUCAAGCAAUCCCCGCUCGAUGAUAGAUUAGACAAGCUCGAUGGCAAGAUUCAACGGAAACUAGACCAGAAGAUGUGCAGACAUGGGCCGAAAGGCAUGUGCGACUACUGCAUGCCGCUGGAGCCGUAUGCCCUUGAGUACCUAGCAGAGAAGAAGAUCAAGCAUCUCUCGUUCCAUUCGUAUCUGAGGAAGAUCAAUUCGGGGAAGAACAAGCCGGAGAGUGGAAGCUCGUACAUGCCCCCGCUUAGCGAACCGUAUUAUCGUGUGCGGCCAGACUGCCCGUCGGGACACAAGCCAUUUCCGGAAGGUAUCUGCACUAAGUGUCAACCAAGUGCGAUCUCGCUACAGCCGCAGGAGUACCGGAUGGUGGACCAUGUCGAGUUCGCAUCCGUAGGGGUGGUCGAUGACUUGAUCAAUUUCUGGAGAAAUACCGGGUCCCAGCGGUUGGGAUUUCUCUAUGGUCGAUACGAGGAGUACGAGGAGGUGCCACUAGGAACGAAGGCUGUCGUUGAAGCUAUCUACGAGCCACCGCAGGUUGGCGAGGCUGAUGGCAUCUCGUUAGGCGAGUGGGAAAAUGAGAAUGACGUCGAUGAGAUCGCACGGCAAUGCGGGCUUCAGAAGGUCGGCGUCAUCUUCACUGAUUUACUAGAUGCGGGCAAUGGGGAUGGUACCGUCGUUUGCAAACGACAUAUCGAUUCCUACUUCUUGUCGUCACUCGAGAUCGUCUUUGCUGCGAGAUACCAGGCGAAACAUCCGCGGCCCAGCAAGUGGAGCGAUACCGGCAGAUUUGGUUCCAACUUUGUCACGUGUGUCAUCAGCGGCGAUGAGGAAGGAUCCAUCAGAAUUUCAUCAUACCAAGCGUCAAAUACGGCGGUGGAGAUGGUGCGAGCAGAUAUCAUCGAGCCAUCGGCAGAACCGUCAGUCAUGCUCGUACAGUCGGAGGAGGACAAUAAUACUCUCAACCAAGCACGAUAUAUCCCCGAGGUCUUCUUCCGAAAAGUCAACGAGUAUGGAGCCAACGUUCAGGAGAAUGCCAAACCGGCUUUUCCUGUGGAUUAUCUCCUAGUCACCUUAACACAUGGCUUCCCUAACCAACCCAAUCCUGAGUUCACUGGACCAAGGUUCCCUAUCGAGAAUCGAGAGAUUAUGGGCGAAACUCAGGAGAUUUCAGCACUGUCUAAACAGCUCAAUGCCCGUGCAAAUGGUGUUGCUCUCAAUACCACGAGCGGACUUAACAGCAUUUCGAAUUUCCAUCUUCUUUGCUUUCUCCAUGGUCUGGGUAUUCUCAGCAAGGAGGAAGAGUCUCUCCUCUGCAAAGUCGCAACGACUCACGAUCUCUCAGACGGGCUCCAGCUGCAACAUACACCUGGCUGGGCUACGCUGUUGACGAUUCUCAAAGAAUCCGGUGAGCGACCCCCCAAACGUUCCUAUACACCUACAAACUCUUCGUCGGCCAGGGGGGUGGCUCACCAUCUUGACCAUCCUCUCCGGCGGCAACCUUCUUGUGGCUCCGAUUCUGAUUCUCUCCAGCUGGCUAAGCGGGUUAAGGGAGUUAGCUUGAAGGGAAACCGUCCAAAAAAGCUCUCCGAAGUCACAGCCCAGGACAACACGAUCCAAAUCCUCUCUCGCACGCUGCAAUCCUCCAACCUCCCCCACAUGCUCUUCUACGGCCCACCGGGAACUGGAAAAACGUCGACGAUCCUCGCGCUCGCAAAACAGCUCUACGGUCCCGAACUUAUGAAAUCAAGAGUGUUGGAACUCAAUGCCUCAGAUGAACGUGGAAUCAGCAUCGUACGAGCUAAGGUCAAGGACUUCGCACGACAGCAACUAAGCUCUGCACCAACCUAUCAAGUCAUGACAGAAGACAAAGAGGGGGAAGAGGGCAAGAUGGUCAGGUAUAGGGAUAAAUAUCCCUGUCCACCGUUCAAGAUUGUUGUGCUGGAUGAAGCAGAUUCGAUGACGCAGGAUGCGCAGUCUGCGCUUAGGCGAACGAUGGAGACGUAUAGCAAGAUGACGAGGUUUUGUCUUGUGUGUAAUUAUGUCACGAGGAUUAUCGAUCCUUUGGCGAGUAGAUGCUCGAAGUUUAGGUUUAAGAGUUUGGAUCAGGGGUCUGCAGUCGGCCGUAUUGAAGAUAUUGCGAAACUUGAAGGGGUAAGGUUAGCGCGAGGAGUUGGUGAGGAGUUGGUGAGGGUUAGUGAGGGUGACUUAAGGAAGGCGAUUACGUUUUUGCAGUCUGCGGCGAGACUUGCUGGGGAAAGCAAGGAUGGUGAGAAGACGAGGAAGAAGAGGGUUGUUGAAGACGACGAGAUGGAUCUUGAUGACGAGGAACCUGCGGAAGCGGAUAUCGUUUCCGUCCGAAGCAUCCAGGAAAUCGCAGGCGUCAUUCCCACACAGACUAUGGAUUCCCUCAGCACCGCCAUCUUCCCCCAAACCUCCAAGAAACUGAAUUACACAAGUAUCGCAAAUGUGGUGGAGGACAUGAUUGCGGAAGGGUGGAGUGCGGCGCAGACAGUCAAUCAGCUGUAUGAUAGGAUUAUGUAUGACGAGCGGGUACAAGACUUGCAAAAAAUGAGGAUUGCGGGCAUGUUUUCCGAGACGGAUAAGAGACUGGUAGAUGGUGGGGAUGAGCAUCUUGCGGUGCUGGACCUGGGGUUAAAGAUUGCCGGGGUUUUGUGUCAGUAA